UGGCAAGUGGUGACCUUAGUUGGUUUAUAAAUAAACAUUUUAGUUAUUUCAUUGAUUUAUUUAUUGUGCAUAACUUGAUGCGAUCCUAAGACAAUAUGAUCGAGACUCGGAUAAAUAUGUCUACUACAUUUUAUAUGCGUUAAUUUCUAUCGAAUCUUAUCAUUGUUAGCGUCUAAUUUUUUGUGGUUCAAGUUUACAAAAUAAACCAUGGCUGCACAUGAGACAGUUAAAGUAGCCGUGGUAAUAGAUCCUUUGCCGAAUGUAGUUCCAUGUUCUAGUACAUUGACUGCUGAAGAAUUGUGUAUACUUAUGUGCAAGAAAUAUAACAUUCCUCCACUGACGCGUACACUAUUUGCUUUACGAAUCAAAGGAACAGACUAUUUCCUCAAAGAUAACAGCAAAGUUCUCUCCAGUUCAAGAGAUUAUGAACUCAGAAUAAGGUUCAAGGUACCUCAGCUGAGUCUGUUGAUAACUCUUGACAUGACUACAUAUGACUACUAUUUUCAACAAGCAAGAAAUGAUGUAAACGAGAAUAGAAUCCCUGAAAUAAAAUAUCCUGAGCAUAAACAGGAACUUCUUGGACUGGGCAUUGCUGAUAUGAUGCGUGCCAUAUUAGAAGAAAAAUUACAAUUAAAUGAUGUUGUUAGAAAUUACAAGAAGUAUAUACCAAAAGUGAUAGUGAGAAGACAUGGGCCAUUUCCUAAGAAGCAUGCCUAUGAUUGCCUGCCUCAAUUAUGUUCAGCAGGCCAUAAUGUUAACUAUGUGAAGAAUCUGUACCUGCAACAAUUAUAUGGCCUCGCUCCUAACUAUCUCGCGGAAGAAUACAAGGACACAAUGUGGCAGAAUGGUGCGGAGAGUAUACCAGUUAAGGUCGUGGUGGCGCCAUUUCACCCGCACCAGCCUGGUAUACGAAUAUAUAACACAUUGAAACGAGAUUGGUUUCAUGCUUGUACUAUUGAGGAAUUAAUAUAUUUGACAAGGAAUGGCGACAAUUCUUUGGAAGUAUCGAGAAGAGGGACUCCACUCUUUUUGAAAUUCAAGUCUGAAGAACAACUUACCUCAUUUAUAUCUGUUUGUGAUGGUUAUUACAGGUUGAUGGUGAAAUGGACAUUCAAUCUUUCCAAAGAUGACGAAACACCGUCCCUGAAAGAAUUGCAUAGGAUAAAAUGCCACGGGCCAGUUGGUGGUGCAUUUUCAUACCGCAAAUUGGAGGAAAAACGUGGAAAAAAACAUGGUUGUUAUAUAUUACGGCAAUGUCAAGAUGACUACAAUGUGUAUUAUUUGGACGUCUGUACUAAAAAUAGCACAACUGAAACAUAUUUGUUGGAAUUUAAAGGUGAUGGUUAUGUGUUUAACAAAGAAAAGUACUUUAGCAUCGAAAGACUAGUCGGCUGCCAUCAGAACCCUGAGGGCAGGAUAUUUUUAAACGAAUGUAUACCACCUUCUGAAUAUGAUAAGUCACAAUUACUUCUUUGUGGCGAGCCUGUCAAAAAGGGCGUUAGGAUCGAUCAAGCUGAGUUACAAGAUAUUCUUAAAGACAACAAAAGUCCCCGAUGUCUACCUAAUAAAGAUAUUUUACUAUACACAGGAUCAGAAAAAAUGGGUUCAGAAAAUAUAACCGCCACAUACAAGGCGUUAUGGAGGCUCGAUGAAACCAAGAAACUUCUAGUCGCGUUUAAAACUUUACAGAGGGAAAGAGCGAAUGAUUAUUUAAAGGAUUUCAUAGAAUUAGCGAGUAAAUGGGCGUGCGUUCAAUCAAGUUCCAUAGUACGGUUAUAUGGUGUUACGCUCAGUUCGCCAACGGCUCUCGUACUAGAAUAUCUACCAUAUGGACCUUUUGAUGUUUAUUUAAGAGAAAACGAAGAGAGAGUGAAGCCCUUACAUCUUAAGAAAGUAGCGGCUGGGCUAGCUCGAGCUCUAUGGGAUUUGUCAGAAGCCGGAGUGGUGCAUGGAGAUAUCCGUUGUAGGCGAUUGUUGCUCGCUUCUCACCAGGCUGAUAGGAUUAUUGUAAAGCUCUCUGGACCCACGUUACGGCAGUAUACGCCUCAAGAUGUUCACUGGAUUCCAGUAGAGUUCUUCCCAGACAUGAGUCUAGCGAAGCGAUCAGUAAUUGGUGAUAUUUGGGCAUUUGCUACGACUCUAUGGGAAGUGUUUUCGUAUGGACAAUCGCCGACUGAGACGAAUCCCGUACUUACUGCAAGGAGUUACGAGAUGGGCGAUAGAUUACUACGACCGGCUCGAUGUCCUAGUGAAGUGUGGGCUCUCAUGCGGCAGUGUUGGCAGACAGAACCACUGAGACCGCAAGAAAUCAUGCGAGAUAUGAACCAUAUGUUGCAUCGAGAAUAUGUACCUAUACAUGAGUAUGAGGAGCCAAAGAUUUCACUUGAUCAUUUGGAACAUGCGGAUACCGUUUCAAGUGAUAGGUUCAUACCGAGUGAGCUAAGUGACGCGGGAAGCAAUAAGUCUUUGAUAUCAGUCGACAGUAGCGUACAUUCUAUGAACGGAACUAUGUCAGAUCAAUAUGAUAACCCGUUCGCCGACAACAAAAGUUCAAAUUCAUUCGAGAACGCGCUCGCAUACGCAUUACGUCACGAAACGCAGUCAAUGGGCCGCAGUAGCCGCGGCAGUGUGUGCGGGGGCUUACCCGCUGCGUUAGCGCUAGAAGCUGAUGAGUUCUGUGCUGCACCAAGACUUAUGGAGUCUAUAGUGUCACAGGGGAAGACGUAUCUCGUAACGCUUACCAAGAAGAUCGGCAGCGGUAACUACGGCCACGUAUUCAAAGGUUGGAUGGAGCGCGACAACCAAGAAUCUCAAAGAAAGGAAGUGGCAGUUAAGAAGCUUACCCGUCAAGAGUCAGAAAGAAAUGGCAGUUUGUAUGAAGACUUUAAGAAUGAACUCGAAAUUAUGAAGUCGCUACAACACAUUAAUAUAGUGGAGAUCCUUGGCUAUUCCUGGGACCAUGGGUCAGAUGUGCUCAUAGUUAUGGAGUACUUGGAAGAAGGCUCCCUUAAUUAUUAUCUGAAGUUUCAAGGUGAUAAGCUCAGGUUAUCACACCUGCUCAAGUACUGCAAGGAUAUAGCCACUGGUAUGGACCACGUUUCCGCCAAGAAUGUAGUACACAGGGACUUGGCGACGAGAAAUAUUCUGGUUGUUAACAAAUAUCACGUCAAGAUUUCCGACUUUGGUCUCGCGAGGAUCAUUCCCAAAGAAGAGAACGCGUAUAGAAUUAAGACUGAACGAUUGCUGCCUAUUAAUUGGUACGCGCCGGAGUCUGCGGUGGAGCCGUGGCACUUCUCGACGAAGAGCGACGUGUGGUCGUUCGGCGUCACCGCCUGGGAGAUACUCACGCGCGCCAAGCUCGAGGUGCCCAAGUUCGACGUCGAGCACCCUCGCGAACGGGCUUCUUGCUUUCAGAUACCAGACGGCUGUCCUUCAGAGAUUUUCAGGCACCUAAUGAAAGACUGCUGGGCGUUGGAUCCCAACAUGAGACCUAAGUUUAUAGACCUCGUGCACAUGUGCAAGCGAUUCAUGGAUGAAUACAAAUGAAUUAUAACAAGAAUUUGCCAAUAAAUCUAUUUAAUAUAAUUAUAGAUUAAUCAGGGUCAACUUCAUAAACAUUGGUAAUCUCAAAAUAUAGUACAACAAUAUUCGACGCUAUGUGCAAUAUGUAACAGAUUUUUUUGCUACUUAGUAUUUUAAUUAUGAGGGCUUCGUUUACUAUUUUUUGGCCUAAUUAAAUCUGUAAAGAAAAUGUUUUGGAAGAUGCUCAGUUUUACAUUUUUAUAAGUGUUUAUAAAACAACGCUUCAAAGUUAAUGUACCAUAUUUUGUGUAAAGAAGUCCAGAACUUUCUUAUGCUCAAAUGUUUUUAAAAUUCAUGACGAGCUCAAGUAAAGUAAUUGACGAUAGAUAUGCUUAUCUUAAAUUUUAAUCACAUUAAAUGUUAUGUCUGACGUGUUUAUUAAGUACGAGGUGCAUAUAUUAAUUAAAUACUUAGCAAUCGAAAUUCUAUAUUCCAUCUAUCUCUAUUGAAUUUGAAUUUGAAUUUGAAUUCAAUUUGAAUUUCUAUUAAACAGUAAGUUCUUUCUAAUUAGCUAGUUGGACUUAUAUCGUGUUUAUCUUUAAAAGUUUUCAGAUAGAUUGUAUGUAGAAAACAAAAAGAAAUAUAAUCCGGUGACAACGAUUUUUGGACGCGACGGGUGCUUAAAGUUCCUGACUGAACGAACUAAAAAUGGUCACUUUUAGAUUGACGUAUGUCUACUUUGUUUAAGACAUUAAUAUUAUUGUUGAUUGUAAUGUGAAAAUGACAUGAGUUUUUCACAUAAAUUCGUUAGAAAAUAGCUUUUUUAUGCUUAGUGCAACGCCUCUAGCGGUGAUGUGGGACACUAAAACAUCAAUAUAUAUAAAAUAAAUAUUUAUAUUGACCAUAGCUUUACAAAACUUCUAUUUUUAGUUUCCGAAAUUAUUUUGGUAAUCACGUGACAUAUGAAAUAGAUGUAUAAAACGUGUUAAUGUUAUAAUCUAAUAUGUGUCUUUCGAAUUUAGUGAGAAACUCAUAGUUGCGCCACGAAUGGAAAAGUACGAAGUGUGAAGUUUUGUUGUUCCUCUACGCAUUUGCUUAAGAUAUCAGUAAGAUAUUAUUUGAUUCUUGUUUAGUGCAAUCAGACGACCCGAGUCUGUUACAAUUACCUCAACUUGUAAGGCGAUAGUUUAAAAAUAAUUUAUAAAUAUAGUGGAUGAUUAAUAUCGUAAUUUUAUUAUACGUUUACUUGCCGAUCGAUGGAAGUUUUAAUGUCAAUUGUAAGUUAAAGUUUUAAUUUUAAGGAUAAUGUAAGAGGUUUUAUUGCUAGUCUAAUCAUUCUUAAACUCUUUCGUAAUAUGGACCACGAUACAGUUGUUAUAUAAAACAGGUAAUAUAAAAUACAGUUUAUGUAACAAACUUGUUUUAAAUCAAGUUUUUUUUAUGUAAAUAGUUUCAGAAUGGUUAUACGAUGUCCAAGUUUUGAACCAAAGAUGAUAUUAAAGUAUCGUUUGUUAUAGUGAAGAGAUAAUUUUUAAGGUAUUUUUUAAAUAUGUAAGUAAUUUUUAAUAUUGUGUUAUUAUAUUGAUUUUUAGUAUGCUGCAAUUUUUUUACUUUUUAUGUUGGAGAAUGUAUAUUUGAAUAAGUAUUUACGUACGAUCAUAAUUGUGUUAAAUAUUUUACUUAUCUACUUGAAAGUAAGUGCAAUAACUGCAUUUUUGGAUAAAUUUUAUAUAUUUUUCAAGAAGAUUUCCCGAUCAAGAUGAUUAUAAUAUAAGUUUAUUUUCUAUGGCUACUUUGACCGUCUGUUUUUGUGGUUAAAAUGCAGAUAUCUAGAAGUGAUUUCGUUGGUUUUUAUAUUUUAUAUAUUUUAAUCGAUUGAAUACUGGCAGGAUUAUUGUGAUUAGAAUAAAUCGUAAGAGUUAGAGACUGAAUUGUGGCGCGGUGCUAAAAUGGAAAGGCCUUAUUUUUUAUAGUUUAUUGAUGUGUGAACAUAUAUAUUAUAUUACAUGAUGUUUCAAUAAAUUAUAAGUUAAAACAGGCAAUGCAUACAACAAUGUUUCUUAGCAAGUGUAGUAUGAGAAUUAAUUCGAGCCUUAUUUCGAAGUAUAUAUGGUGUUAAUUUGAUUGUUGAGCUUCUCUAAAUAUCUAUAUAUUUCUGUAACUUCAGUUUGGAGCGCCUGUUAGAAUGGAAAAUGGUUCAAUGGUGUUGUGAAAGGGCUUUUUAAAAUUGUCUCGAAUUAUGUAAAAGGGAUAAAGUCAAUUAUGGAAUUAACUUCAUCUAUGUAUUUAAAUUGAAGUAUGUAAAAACGGAACUUUGUGACAACGAAUAAAUAUUGGAUCAACUCGCCAUAGUUACCAAAUAGAGUACAUAUAUAGUGUAUAAAUUGGCUCAAGAUAGAAUCUAAUCAAGGGAAAGUGUUAAAAUCAAUUAUUGUAUGUUAGUAGUGUUGCCGUAUUUCGAUAAAUUUUUAUUUCUGUAUAUAGUAGAUUAUACAUUAUAAUGAAUAGAAUUAUGAUAGAUAUGUUUUAUUGUGAACGACCAUGUUCCUGCGAGCAAUAUAAUUACUGACUGGAUGAUUUUAUCUCUGAAGACUAGGAGUAUAAGAGUAAAACAUAAUUUUAUUGUAUUCCAAUACUUGUAUACUUGGUUUUUUAUUUAAGAAUAUGGUAUACAUUUUUGGAACUUGCUAAUCGAUAUAAUUAUUUUUUCC